UCAGGCAAUCAGGAGCCUUUUUAAACUCAACCAGAGGAUACGGAAGCCAGACUGUCUUGCGCUACAGAGGAGUGAGAACCAGACGCCUUCCAAGACAGUCUCAGGGUAAGAGGCCCGCGGCCUGCUACAUAUAUUACUGAAGACGAGUAAUCGCUCUCUAUCUCUCUCUUGUCUCAGGGAAGAGCCCGACGGAGCCCCUGACGCCAACGGCCAGACCGGUGAAGAUUGCUGAGUUACCUUUUUGCGCCCCCUCCCUUUUCCCCCUUCAGUUUGUACAAUAAACCUAAGUUCUGUUCACCGCAACUCCUGUGUCUGACUUCUCUUUUUUCCACUUUGUGUACCCACUGUUUGCCCUUGCAAGGCCAGGCUCCCACAUAUGGUGGAGAAUGCGAGCAUUCUGAGUCUUCGCUAUCAGUGGGUAUACCGAGUUGGAAUAGAGCACGUCGGAUCAGAGGAGAAGGUCGAACAUGGAAGAGAUCUUGAAAGCCAUUCUGACCUCGCAAGCCAAUCUGCAGACAGCUGUAGUAGAGCUGUGUAGAGCAACAGGAAAACCGAAAGAGCGAAAGCCAAAAGAGGUGCUGACUAAACUGACGCCAGAUGAUGACGUCGAGACCUAUAUUACCCUGUUUGAAAGGGCGGCAACGAGAGAGAAAUGGCCAAGAGCAGAAUGGGCGAACAACCUUAUGCCUUUCUUGACCGGCGAAGCUCAGAAAGCCUGUCGGGAUCUUUCAGCUGCAGAUGCCGUGAGUUUCGAUAAGGUAAAGACUGCCAUCCUAGCUCAAUAUGGACUUAGCCUCCCUGCCAAGGCACAGCGAGUGCAUGACUGGAGCUACGACCCCGCUCUCCCCGUCCGGGCACAGGUGAUGGGUCUAGUCCGUCUAACCAGGAGCUGGCUGGAAGAAGCAGAAGGGCCGCCCAUAGUGGACAGAGUGGUGAUUGAUCGGUGUAUACGGGGCUUGCCAAACGAUGCCAAGAGGUAUGUCGCCCAGCAGGGGCCUCCCAAUGUAGACACGUUAGUAGCCUUAUUAGAAAAUCACCGGGUGAUGGCUAGUCUGAUGCGGUCAGAAAAUAACAAGCCAAACAAUUCUAAAGCCAAGACAGAGAGAGAGAUGGUAGGCAAAGCUUUCAGUUCCCCACCAGCCCGAACGCCCUCUGGCUGGACCGGACCGGCUGCAAGACGAACCCAGUGGCCUCCAGUCCCACGAUGUUUUUCCUGUGGCAAAGAGGGACACCUAGCCAGAGAGUGUCCUGAUCGGGAUGAGCCAAUGCCGACAGCCGGGUCUACCGAUAACAAGGGCCUCUACUGCCACCACCUCACUACCUGUUGGGCCCAUGAGGGAGCACCAGCCCCAAAGUUUCCGGUGAAGAUUGCAGGGAGAGACACAGAGGCACUCUUAGACUCCGGAAGUAUGGUCUCCCUCGUCCGACCACAAUUCGCCAGUGCACCCUGGGGUGAAGAGCUGUCUGUGUCCUGCAUCCACGGGGACACCCGGAAGUAUCCAACCUCCAAAAUCGAAGUGAUCACUCCUCGAGGAAGAUUCGCUCUACAGGUUGGGGUCGUCGAGCAACUGCCGGUUCCUGUGCUUUUUGGCCGGGACAGCCCCCUCUUCUCCCGCUACUGGCCAGCGAAGGCAAGGGACCCAAAACGGCGAACAAAAAAACGACCUGUGAAGAUAGGAAAGUCCGUAACUCGCCCCGCCUGGGCUGCAAUAUCCCCCGAUGGUAGCCCUGCUGAAACUUCUGAUGACGACGUGGGUAAGGCUGUCCACACCCAGACCACAGCAACAGACCCUGAACGGGCAGCUGAGGUGGAGCCCCUGGAAGACAUACACUCAGACGAGGUGUUCUCUCAAUUUCCGGAAGUUGAAAUGGAGGAAGGUCUUAGGCCAGGACAAUUCGGCUCGGCCCAGCUGCGGGAUCCCAACCUGACCCAAGCCUGGAGAGACGUCCAAGUGAUAGAAGGUCAAAAGCAGGAUGGGGGAAGAGCCCGACGGAGCCCCUGACGCCAACGGCCAGACCGGUGAAGAUUGCUGAGUUACCUUUUUGCGCCCCCUCCCUUUUCCCCCUUCAGUUUGUACAAUAAACCUAAGUUCUGUUCACCGCAACUCCUGUGUCUGACUUCU